AUGUCGCAGGAGGGGGAGAGCAGCAUCCGCUGCCACGCGGUUGUGCUGCGGGUGGGGGAGGUGUUCGGCGAGUUUGGGUUCGAGUUCGACAGCGCCCACCUCGCCAACGACGUCACCGCGGUGACGAAGUGGCGCCUCCGCCUCGACCUGGAGGAGUUUGACGGCGUCCCGACGACGUGCUUCGACGAGGAAUUGCCGGUGGAGAAGGCCCGCAAAGUCGUGAAGUUGCGGGCCGGCAGGUUUUACCUCGCGCGGGUUCGCGUGUACUCGGCGGACACGAUGACGUGGAGCGCCUGGUCCGCGACCGCGCGCACCGGCACCCUGCACGCCGUCGUGGGCCAAAUCAAGGAGAUCGGCGAGGACUACGUGCGGGUGCAGUGGAAUCGCCCCCCGCGGGACACGGCCAACACCGUCCCCGAGCGGGACGCAGAGGCGACGCAAAGCAUCGCGGACAUUUCGGACUUCGAGCUGCGCAUCAUUCGCGAGGACGACAUGGUGCAGGAGUUUUGCGACCGCUUCGCAACCGGGGUGCGGAUGUACACCGUGCGUGGACUGCAGUCCGGCGCCGCCUACAUUGUCAUGCUUCGCUACAAGACGCUUAUCAACACUAUGAAAAACUGGACAGAGGUGGACCGCUUCUACACGAAACCGCGAAAUGUCAUCUCGCUCGUCAGCCGGGGCGAGGAUGCAGUGAAGGUGAGCUGGUGUCUCGGGCCGAGCCCCGUGGACGCCGUGGGCUACACGGUCCCGAAGACCUCGCUCUACCGCUACGAGGUCUCGUAUGAGGGGGAGGACGCCGCGAUGAGCCCGGUGCAGCUGCCGGAGCAGCAGUGCGAGUACCGUGUGGAGGGCCUGACACCAGGCACGCUGUACACCUUCUAUGUACGUAGUUUAACCGUAGAGGGAAUUUGGGGCAACCGCUCCGACCCAUUUAAGGUGCGUACGGCGGACACUCCAGCGCUCUCCGUCGUUGCCGCCGGGGAGACGUUUCUCUCCUUCACGUGGAUGCGGGCACAUGACGAGCCCGAGGAGUCCAAGGUGGAGUUCUGCCUCCAGAGCCUCACGUCGAGGUACAAGCAGCAGGAUGUCCGCGCUAUUGGCCCACGCGCGGAGGACAAAGUUAUUCACCUGGGCGGACUUACCGCUGGAACCGAGUACAGCGCCUCGAUCCGGACCUUCCUGCAGGGCGAGUGGGGCCUAUGGACGGAGCCGCAGCGGUUCCGCACCCAGUCCAAGGUCACCUUGAACUUUCUCGAACGCGGCGAGGACUUCUUUACCCUCGCUCUGGAGGACCAAAGUCAAUCCUCCGCUGUGGCGCACCUCAACGUCGUGGUGAUGCGGAUUGGUAAAGGGGAUGAACGGUCGGUGGUGCUGGACGAGGAAAUUGAGCGUAAGCCGAAUGAGCCAGGCUUCCGCGUGGGCUCACUGCAGUCUAACACCGUGUAUGAGGUGAAGUGCCGACGCUGGCAGCACAAUCGUGUCACAGGUGAUGAGGGAUGGGGCGAGUUUACCGCGCCGAUACAAAUGCAGACGUUGCAGCACUUGGCCUUGCAUGUGUGGGACAUCGGCGAGGACUUCGCCCAACUCGUUUGGCGCCGUGGACUCUCGGAGGCGGCGCCGGCGAAUAUCUCGACGAAGCAGCCGUUUCCAGAUUUAAAGUACGAGGUGGUGGUGGGCUGCAUGGAUACGGGGGAGGAUGCUAUUGUCCACCGCCAGGUGCUGCAGACGAACUACACCAUUACCAACUUGCGUCCCGCCACAACCUACAUCGUCUCCGUUCGCGCCUGUGAUGAGAAGGAACAGUGGGGGCUGUGGAGCCAGGUGCGGCUGCGUACGCUCGCCUCCGUUGCGACGUCUGUUCACGAGAUUGGGGAGGACUUCGUUAGACUCAUGUGGCAGCGGGAGAACAUCGAUGACGAGGAGAACGUCAGGAACAGCGGCAGCAGCAGGAAUGAGGACAAGCUUCCCGAGUGCAGCAACCGGGUUGUGGAGAGUGUGACCAAUGCUGACAUGUUUGUCUCCCGAUACGCCGUGUUUGUGUGUAGUCGCGAGGAUGGCGAGUCGAUUCCGAGUACGUUGAGCGGGUAUCACCUUGGGGGAAACUCGGAGGUCGCCCGCUACGAGAUUGUCACCAGCGAGCACACUUCCUUGCGCGUGAAUGAGCUCCUUCCUGAUCGAGAGUACGUGGCGGUGGUGCGGGCGUCAACGGCGACAGGGAAGUGGGGACUUUGGAGCAGCCCGAUGCGCUUCCGCACCAACCCGCAGUUCCGCAUCCCAGUCAACAACCUCACCAUUGGGGAAAACUACGUCAACCUUGUCUGGAGCCGCGACGCCCACCCGGUGGUGGACAAGGGCGUCUUCCUCGGGGACCUCAGCGUGACCGGGCAGCAGCUCCGCAUUCACGGCGUGGACACCCCGUAUUCGAAGGACCACACGCUUCCCGCGGAACUGCGCGAGCUGAAGAUUUACGGCCUCUCUCCUGCCACGGCGUACACCAUUCAAAUUCGCGUCUGUGGCAAAGGAGGUGAUUGGGGGCGUUGGAGUCCGCCGGUGCACAUUCUCACCCGCGACACCAUCCUGACAAGGGCCGUGGAGGUGGCGGAGGACUACAUCAUUAUUACCUGGGAGCGUCGGAAGGUGGCGAACCCCAAAAAUUACCCCACGGGACGCGGCAUCGUCACCUCCUACCACCUCCGCGUGUACAACAGCGCGGGUAUUCACUCCGAGGUGUUUCUCGGCGACGGGGAUUCCCCCUACCGCAUCUCCAACAUGACGCCAGACACGUACUACUGCGUCGAGAUGAAGGCGAACUACAACGACGAGGAGUGGGGGCUGUGGAGCACCCCCAUGUGGUGCCUCACGAUGAAGACGCUGGAGAUUAAGACCAAACUCAUUUCUGAAGAGUUCUGCUGCAUCGUCGUGCGCCGCCCGUUCCAACAGAAGCGGCUCCCAGAGGACGAUGGCAACCGCGCCAGCGACGACCGCAUUAUUGCGUUUGGGCAGUUUCGCCCAAAUCUCAUGCUCUGUGUCACGUCGCCCAUUCUUAAUCCGACGCCGCACAUCUCCACGGGCACCGUGCGGGCGCGCCACCAAAAUUCCUCCCUGCCACCCGACUCCUCGGACCAUCGACUCAUCUACCAGACGGAGAUUCUCUGCGCCUCGGACGACACCGACCACACCAUUCCAAACUUGCGUUCCAACACGGUGUACAGUGUGUCGGUGCGCUCGAAGCUUGUAAACGGUGAGUGGGGUAUUUGGUCACAGCCCUCACUGUUAUUCGCCACGGUCCCCGCAACCCAGGUGGAGUUUACCGAUAUCGGCGAGAAGUUUGUGAAGGCGGACUGGAAGCGAAGCCGACAACAGAUUCCUCCACAGGUGAAGGACCCUACCGCCGUGAAGUGCGGGCUUGGGACCAUCAGCGCCUCGCGUGUGAAGGUGCGUGAGAUUGGUGGCUCAUUCCAGCGAACGUACGAGCUGAACAAUUCCUUGACCACACUGCGCAUCGAUGGUCUUUCCCCUGCCUCGACGUACGCCGUUUCUAUACAGACAUACAAUGACAACUAUGAAUGGGGCGUUUGGUGUGAGGAGGAAAAGUUUCGCACGAUCCCUGGUAUGGAUAUUGCCGUGCAGCACAUUUCCGAAGACGCCGUGUGGGUUGCCUGGGCGCGCAAGUUAGAUAUUUCAAAUUUUGUAAACUACGACACGGCUCUUAACGUGGAUGUUGUUCCUGCAGCUUACGAGAUCAGCAUCGUUGGUGGCGGUCAUUUUAAAUACACCAAAGAGAUGGAUACCAGUACGCUGUUUUUUCGUGGUUUACAGCCGGAUACGGUGUACAAUUUUCAGGUCCGGGCGCAGUCCUUUGGAACUCAGGAGUGGGGACUUUGGUCUACCCAGCCCUUUCGCACCAAACCCCGACUGCGUGUGACGUUUGGAAACGUGGGCGAACACUUUGCAGUCGUGGAGUGGCGUCGCCAUCUGCCCACCUCGGUUGGGGAGCGCGACGUUAACACCGUCGUGGAGUCCGAGGAUGUGGUCCAGCAAUUCCGACUAAAGGUGGAGCGUGCCGGCAGCAAGGUUCCCUACGUGUAUGACUUGAGUCCAUACAUCAGCAGUUUUCGUCUCAAGGACCUGCAACCCUCGUCGGAGUACCGUGUAUGGCUUUGCGCCAAGGGAUUUGAGGGUGUGUGGGGGUUCUGGAACGACGAGGCCCGGGUUCGCACUUUGCCCAAACUGGAACUGGACGUUACUGCCAUCGGUGAGGACUACGUGACCGUCUCCUGGAAGCGCGGAAAAUGGGUGGGGGACACGGUGGGGGACACGGAGGCCUCUGUGCGGGAGGUGGAGGGCGCCGUGAGCGGCUACAAGGUGCGGGUGCUGGACGAAGAAGGGAUGGAGGUGGUCUCGCGGUACAUCGGAUUCCGGGAGACCUCCUGCACCCUUGCGCCGCUUCGGCUUUCGAGCGCCUACUCCGUCGAGGUCGCGGCGAAGGACACCUACGACGAGUGGGGCCUGUGGAGUGACGCGAAGCGGUUUCUGACGCUCGAGGCGGUGGACCUGCGGAUUCUGCGCGUGGGCGAGGCGUUCACGGAGGUGGAGUGGGGCCGCUGCCGCGAACUCCUGCGCCGUCGACGUGCCCGGCGUGGGACCGCCCGGCGACCCAAGUCCAUCUCCUCGUCGGAGGACAAUCGCUCUGGCGGGGCCGUCGCGACGUACGCGGCGGAGGCCGCACACAGCGAGGGCGCGGACGUCUCCCGCGACGACGACAAGGACGCCGAGCGAGAGGCGUCUGGCGCAGGCCUCGGGGGCGGCUCUGGUGACGAAGCUUUGGCGCGCCCCGAGGAGGCGCACGCGGAGGAGGAGGGACAUUACUUCCGCGAAGACCUCAGUGAAGACGAGCUCGAGGCGAGGGAUGAGGAGGACGAGGAGGACGAGGACGAGGACGAGGACGAGGACGAGGAUGACGACGGUGCCCUGCUUCGUGGCGACGACGGCGUGCUACAGUGGCACUUGCGUGUCCAGGGGCAACGCAUUUUUGGUGGCCAACCCGGUACCGAGGACUUUGCAGAGUUGUACGUCCCUGCCGAGGAGCUACAGCGCAUUAUCGACGCGUUGCUGCCGUAUGCCGCCUAUUCGGUGUCUGUGCGGGGGCAAGACAAGGGAGGUGCGUGGGGUCACUGGAGCCCGCCACGCAAGCUGGUGACGUGUCCUCUUUUGGCGCUCACGGCCGACAGCGUCACCGAAACAUUCAUUUACGUCUCAUGGAGCCGGCCGCCUGCGAAACAGACGCUACCAGAAGGAUUUAUAUGUUUUCCACCUGCGACAGACAUCCAUAAUUAUCAGGUGCACAUUGAACCGCUUGCGACGGAGCCACCGUUUGAUGAAGAGGAUGAGCCUCUUGUGGCUGGUGCACGGGUGUAUGAGACCUCUCAGCCAUCCCUGCGUUUGUUUAACCUCGCCCCGGGCGUACGCUACCGUGUCGUGGUUCGGGAACAGAUGGUUGAUGCGCAGGGUGAGUUCGUGCCAGACGCGUGGGGAUGCUUCUCUGCGAUGCAGGUGGUGGAGACGGUCAACCCAAUGCGCGUGGUCCCAAUCGAGAUUGGAGAGGAUUACUGCCUUGUGGGGUGGCAUCGGGUGCAGCGGCUGGCGGACAUGGCGUCCGACAUCAGCCUCGUCACGGGACUGGGGAAGGUCACGGCGUACGAAAUGCGCGCGGUGCGACUGGACGAGAAGGCAAAGGAGACUUACCAUGGACCACUGGCGCUGGAUACGGUUGUGCCGCUGGAGCCGAGUGAGACCUCCUACCACCUGGGGAAUUUGGUGAGCAACACCAUCUACGCCGUGAGCAUCCGCGCCCAGACGGAGGGCUACUGGGGGCCGUGGAGCACCACCACAAAGUUUGUGUCGCAGAGUCGCCUGCAGGUGAAGGUGCUUGCCGUGUACGAAGACGUCUUUGUCGUCAGCUGGAGCCGUCCGCUGCCCGAGUGGGCGCUCUCACGCGCCGACUACGCCAACCCUGGCGGCCGCCCCGGCUCCUCGCCACGGCGGAAGACCGACGCGGAUGCAGUGGAGCAGGAGGCGGCGGAGCGGGACACAAAAGACGACCCGAACAGCAACGACAACAAUAACAACAGCGGUAACAACGGCUGCUCUCGCUGGGAGGGCAGCAGUGACGACUUUGACGCCGUCCUGGUCAGUGACUACUCCGUGGAUCGGUAUGAGUUGUACGUGGAGGGAGUCACGUGCGACCUGCAGCAGUGCCUUACGCUGCCGAAGGAGAAGAUGUCGGUGCGCAUCUCGGGGCUGGAGCACAACCAGAUUUACUCCGUGUGUAUUCGCUCGCAGAGUGAGAAGCAGCACUGGUCGAUGCUGUCGCGGCGGGAGUCGUUGCUGACGCUCACGCCCAUGUGCGUUGAGCUCUCCCACUACACGGAAUCCAUUGUCCUGCUGCGGUGGUUCCGUGCUCCGCAGGACAUCAUGAGUUACGACGCCCUGUUGCAAAGUCGCCGUGCGGAGGAGGAGCGACGGUGCGACGAGCGUGAGCGGCAGGACCUCUUUGAGUUAAAGCGACGCGCGCAGGAGAUGGAGGAGUUGGCGGAACGCAAGUAUUUGAGUGACCACUUGGCGGUGCGGCGAGAGCACAACGCCGCGCGUCGCAUGGAUGCGGUGCAUCACUUGCAGGCGGAGAACGUCGCCCUGGGCGACGCCGAGGUGACGGGCUACCAGCUGAAGUUUAUGGGGCAGGUUGGGGGAUGCAUGCCCUCCAUUCCGGGACUCCAACGCAUGCUGCUGCAGCAACGCCGGCCGCACUCGGCGCGGCGGCGGCGACCAGAGAACACGCGAAAGGUGUCAAGCAGACAGCGACGGCAGCCGAGCCCGGAGGAGAACGCCGAUCGCGUUUCGGCUGAGGCAUUGACGGGCGGCGGCGGCGGCGGCGGCGGCGGCGUGCCAGCCGCCGGGCCCGGCGACGAGGGCCUCGCCAGGGAGGAGGCCCCGCUUAUCGACGUCCAGCUGGGCGCACACGUUAUGAGUGUCACGGUGAAGGACUUGGCGCCGUGCGCCCGGUUUGCCGUGCAGCUGCGCGCCCGCAAUGCGGCGGGGGAGUGGUGUCCGUGGAGCCAGCGCGAGAGCUUCACGGCGCUUGAGCUUAUCGAGCUUCACCAGAAUCGCUUUGGAGAGCACUACAUCAACUUGUACUGGCACCGCCUUCCCGCCGCGUUCAGGCGGCGAAUGGACGACGAUGAGGCGCGGCUGCAGGAGCUGAACAGGGAGUUCAGCCACAUGUCGCCCAAGGACCUUGAGGACAAGAAGCGGGAGCUGCCGGAGUCGGAGUACAAUGCGCUGCUGGAGGGGCUCAAGGGCUGGCGCGACCUGAAGCGUUACGUGGCAAGCGUGCAGUCGCAGCUGUCGCGUGGACUUGGGGAGGUGGUGGUGCAUGAGGCCACCCCGGUGAGGGGGUACCAGCUGCGCAUCAUCCACGAGAGUGGGACCUUCAAGGACUACUACAUCGACGGCAGCUCCAACGGCAGGAGCAACGGCCACGGCACGAGCGACAGCGCCACCACCGAGGCCGCCACUUCCGCCACCACCGACACCGCAAUUUCGAUCAACGGCGCCUACACCGUGACCGGGCUGGUGUCGAAUACCAUGUAUAUUGCCCUGCUGUGCGCCGACUAUGGCUUCGCAUGGGGGCCGUGGGCGGCGCCGCUGCGAUUUAUGACACAAAAUCUUAUCCAACUCUCCAUCACGUACAUCUCGGAGGUGUUUGUCGACAUUGAGUGGUACCGGGCCCCCAACAAGCGCCUCCCACCCGAUGAGGAGGGCACCGUACUGACAAGCGACGCCGUCUCAAGCGAGGCACGCGUGUGCCAAGUCCGUAUCACCUGGGAGGACGAGGAGAAUGACGGUAAACUCAUGGAGGAGUACCGCACAAUGCGCUCCUUUAACGUGUUUCGUGUUGACAAGCUACGCACAGACACAAAGUACACCUUUGCCGUCCGUGAGUGGGAUGCGGAGGGGGAUUGGGGUCUGUGGUGCGCCCCAAGGACAUGCGUGACGUUGCCCGGAAUGCAAUCAAUUGUGAAGGAGCUUGGUGAGGACUGGGCGGAGUUCGCAUGGUACCGCAAGGACCGACGCGUCGACUAUGACGAUGACCUCGACGUCCUGCAGUACGACCUGGAAAAGCUCUCCUACUACGUGCGGGUUCAGGAACUGCCGGAGACCGAUGCGGAGGGUGAGGCACACAUGGUGCCCUGCGAGGAGCCGCGAGAGAGCCCGGCGGAUGCGGCACUGGCAGAUGAGAUGGAGGACAUAUUUGCCUCCAACCAGCUUCUGCGGGGGGUGCUACCACGGCAGGAGCACCCUGUGGAGUUUGUGGGGGAGCGGCAUGGCCGUCAGUAUCUGAUUCGGCGCUUUGACAAGGACACCACGCACUUUCGCCUUGAGAACUUGCGCCCAGACCGAUUCUACAAUCUGCAGGUGAUGUGUGAGACGCCGGGGGAUCGCCUGGGUGCGUGGAGCAGUGACCAGCACUUCCUCACCAUGUCGAAGAUCAAGCUGUCAGCGCAGAACAUUGACGAACAGUACGUGGAUCUCUCCUGGCAACGCCUGCCGCCGCGAGAGCACCCACGGCUAAAUAUGAGUCAGGUCUUUACAGGACACUACGUGACGAUCGCAUACGUACUGGAGGUGAAGGGUGCCGAUGGAUUUUACAUGCGUGAGCAGCUGCAGGGUCACCUCAACAACUCUUACCACCUCAAGGGUCUCGCGUUGAAUACGGUGUACAGUGCCAGGGUGUACUCUAUCAAUGACGUGGAUGUGCAGAGUCUGUGGUCGGAGACGUUGCGCGUCGUGACGCUUGACCGUGUGAAGGUGCAGCCAACCGAGAUCUCGGAGCAGUCCAUCAUGCUGGAGUGGGGGCGUGAGGAGCAGCGGCCGGCGUGUGCAGAGACGGGCGGUGAAUACGACCCCGCAAUUUGUGUUGGGAGACGGGAGUGUGGCAGCUAUCUCUUGCGCGUCCACCAGGGCGGGGAGUGCGCCCGUAACCUCUUGCUUGAGAAGAGCUUUCCUGGCGGCGUCUGCAACUUUUCUCUGGCCUCGUUGGCCCCAAACACGCCGUACGUGGUUUCCGUGCGGGCGACGAACCUCCUCGGGGAGUGGGGGCUGUGGUCGGAGGAGCGCUGCGUGUACACCAUGAAGCUCAUCUGCGCCGAGGUUGCCGCCGUGGGGGAGGACUACAUCCGCUUCUUCUGGACACGCGAGGAGCCAGACGAGCUGCAGAUUGGGGGGGACGGGCAGUGCUCCCCGCGGCAGUUCAACAAAGGCGGCACCGACGCCUCCGUCACGGAGUUGGGUGAAGAGGCGGAUGCAACCGCAGCCGCAGCCGCAGCCGGCGGGGGCGACGCGAACGAGAACGACGGCGGUCGCGAGCGACGAGUCAGUGGCGCCGUGGAGGGCGUCUCGGGGGGCGCCACGCCGCACCCGCCGGCAGAGACGAAUGCCGAGGACGCCUUUUCGCACCCGCAGCCGCUGCGCAACGCGAUCCGCAAAAAGUACCCGCUAAUGGAUUGCCCAGAGCGCAAGACGGUGGUGUACAAAAGUGCCAAGACAAAAAUUGAGAUGUACGCGGUGAGUGUGCGGGGCGCAGACGGGGGUGAGGACUACACCAUUGAGGUGCCUGGGGAUGCCACCAGUUUUACCGUUCCCUCGCUGCGACCGGACACGCGCUACUUACUGGCGGUUUCUGCCCGCUACGGCAGCGGCGAGUGGGGCGUCAGCAGCGCCUACGUCACGAGUGGCACGCUGAACCUCAUCACGGUGGAGUUGCGGGGGCUUGGCGAGGAUUACUUGACCGCCGCAUGGCAGCGACUGCCCAUCACCUACGACGCGAACUCGGUAAAUUUUGGGCGCAGCGAGGACACCGUCUUUUACGAGAUCGCGGUGCAUGACUUCACGGAUGUUUCCUUUGGUGAAGAGGACGCGGCGGAGCUGACGCCUCGGCUGAGGCGCACCGUGUUUGUGCCGGCAAAGGCUCGGUCCUGCACCGUCAAGGAACUACUCUCCCAUCACCGCUACCGUGUCUGCGUUCGGCGGUGGUACAAGCCGCUUGAGGCGUUUGUGGAAGAUGCCCCGGUGGAGGUUCCGCGGACGGACGACGAGCAGGUGCUGGAGGGGAUACAGCGCAGCCGCGCCUCGCCUGGGACGUGGGGCGAGUGCCUCUACGACGUGACGCUGCGUGACAUGGUGUGUAUCAUGGAGGACAGCGCGGAGGACUUCUUUGUGGUGCGCUGGGAGCGGGACCCCCGGGCACAGGCGUUGCCCGUUCGCAACUCAUUUGCCCAGAUGCCUGUGCAGGGAUACCACCUCCGCAUUGACGAGGUGACGCCGGAGGGCGCCGUGCUUGACGCGAGCACCGCGCCCGUGCACAUUGACCAGUCGCUUGAUGCCCAUGAGACGUUCUUCACGGCGCAGAACCUGCGGCCCGACGGCUUGUACCGCAUUGAUGUGCGCUGCUGCGUGGACAACAUCUGGGGUCACUGGAGCCGCAAUCUCUUUGUGCGGACGCUGCCGAAACUCGUCAUUGAUAUCGCCAACAUUGGGGAAGACUACGCAUCCUUUUCCUGGCAGCGACCACGUCGUAGUUUAUCCCUUCCGGAUGGCACAGAGGUGUUUUGUGGCAGCGGCGAUAACAUUGACCGCUUCCACCUCGAGGUGGUGGGGAUUGACCACAGGUUUCACGUAAGCAAGAAGUUCAAGGCAACACGCAACACAUAUCGCGUAAAACAUCUGGAGUCAAAUAACGUGUAUUCCGUGACUGUACGCUCGUCCGACGCGCGGCGCGACGUGUGGAGCUUGUGGAGCGAUCGCGUGCUCUUCGCCACACUGAAGCCGAUGCAGUUGACCGUUGGGCCUGCGGCGGAGCAGUUUGCCGUGGUGGAGUGGGAGCGUGAGGAGCAGACGCCCGAGGAGUACACUGAGACGGUGGGCGAGGGGGGCGGCGUCGUGCAGCUUGGCAGCCCCGAAGUGAUCGCGUACCAGCUGUGCGUUUUCUUCAGCCAACACACCCCCUCGCUUGCUGUGGUCGACAAGCAGUUCCCGAAGGAUGUCACCCGCUACUGCCUUGGCUCUCUCGCGGCCGACACGCCCUAUGUGGCGAUUCUGCGUUCCUGCAACAGAGAGUCACGUUGGGGGCUUUGGAGCAAAGAGGGAUGCUUCCGCACCCAGCGGGUGUUGAGCCUUUGCGUGGAAACCGUGGGAGAAAACUGCGUGCGGGUAAAGUGGGAGCGUGCCGAGGUGGAUUGCUCCGAGGACGGGCGCAGUGCCGGCACCAAGGCGGAGCCCAUCGUGUACCAGUUGCUGCUGAAGGCCGGCGCCGAGACCAUUGAGCGUCUGAUUCAGCACAGCGAGUGUGGGGUGACGGAGGAUGACUUCAAGCUGCCCACCUACGUGGUGGAGGGACUCACCCCGGCGACAAGCUACCUCAUGGCGCUGCAGCCGGGCUACGAAGAAAACCGCUGGGGGUUAUGGACCCCCUCCAUCAGCUUUAAGACGCGGCAGCCCAUCAGCAUCACGCCUGCCACCAUUGGCUCGGACCGUCUGGUGUUUGCGCUUGGUCGCAUCCCCGAGACACCGUCAGUCGAGGGGAGCACUGUCGAGGAAGGAAGCGAAAGUCCCGAGCGGACGGUGCCGUCCGCGAAUGUUGUCAGUUACCAGCUGGUGCUCCUCAAGGUGGAUGAGCAGCACACGGAGCCUGAAAAGGAGCGUGGAAGUGACACGAACGUUUUUGCCGGCCUCUUCCCCAUCUCCACGGGGACAGCACAGUCUGUGAAUACCGCUUCUGUUCCUGGUACCUCGACGCCUGCAAAUCUCACCACAACGAUUCCUGAGCUCUCUGCGGGGGCGGAUGCAGAACGGUCUGCGAUUGCGUCUCCUACAACCCUGGUGGCCGACGCAGAGCACGCGGCCAGCGUGCCUGGUGCCGUUGUUGACGCAGAUGCUCAUGCAACUGAUACGGGUGACAGGCCGCCCGCGGCCAAGGAUCGUGUUGCCAGCGUGACGAUAGGGGACGAGGUUGCCGUGCACGAGUGGCGGGAGCGUGGAAGUUUGUCACGCAGCGCCGUCAUGUUUCUGCCACCAAGGAGGGAGAAUGUUGUCAUGGAGCGCGAGUUUGCGGUGGACCCGGAGGACCCAACCAAGACGAUUUGUGAGCUGGAGGGGCUGGAAAGCUCCACCUCGUACAAGGCCCGCGCCCGCGCCCUGGAUGAAAACGGGAUGUGGGGGGCGUGGGCGGAGCUGAUGGUGGAGACGGCACCGUUUCCACCCCACUCCGUGGCGCUGCACCGCCUCAACGCUCAGUUCUGCAUGCUGCAGUGGGAGGCCCCCGACAACCGCUACCUCUACCGCUACGUGGUGGAGCAGGCAUGUGCGGCGGCCGAGACCCGCGGGAAAGCAAAGGGCGGGACGGAGUGGCGGGUGACUGAAAUGGUGGAGGACACCUUCUGCCGGGUGCGGUUCACUGUCCCGCCGAACAAGAUGCGCUGCCGCGUCAAGGCCGCGCGGGUGGGCGAGGGCCAUGAGUUCAGUGACUUCUGUGAGCCGGUGAAGCUGUCAAGCGGCGCCCCGCCGGAGGCGGUGACGAACCUCACCGUCACGGCCAUUGCACGCAACUUCAUCACCGUGACGUGGGCGCAGUCGCGGUCCGAGAUCGCAGGCACCUCGCGCCAGGCACGCACCUUGACGUACCGCGUCUACCUCGGCAUCCGCGAGCAAACGCCGAUCCUCGUGACCACCUCCUCCCGCACCACCAGCUACACGUUGGAGGACCUGGAGCCGUCGACAGAGUACACGAUCCAAGUUGUGGUGGAAAACGCGGAUGGCAUGAGCUACAACAACCCCAUGAUUCGCGCUGUCACGAGAAGCGAGCAGGACGAGACAGUCCUGCGGCAGGAAGAGGGCCAGCCACCACUUGGCAGCAUCGUAGAACCCUUGACCUCCAUGCGGCGCACCAUCCUGCCUGAGAUUCCCUCCGCGCGCCCAACCCUGAUCCCGCAGCCGCCGUCACGCCUGCGGCGGAAGAAGAGUCGUGCUAGGACUCUCGCCGGGACGGCGUUGGUGUCAGCCACGGGGGCGGCGGCUUCGGCUACUAAUGACGGCCGUGGAGCCUCCAUGUUUUUGCCUCGCACAGGCUCAGCACCGAAUGCGGUGGACGGCAGUGCAAAACGAGGAACCCGAGACCGGUUUCCUUCCAUAAGGAAGACGCGUUGA